AUGAUUCUGAGUGAUCAGUCAACCCCUGAGGACUUUGACACUGCAGUUGAGGUGUUGAAAACAUGGAGAAAACUGAACAACAGCUACUCUCAAGACUGGCUUUGUGAGUACCUUCAGGAAAUAGAUCAGUUUGUGGAGAACCACUUUCCCGCACUGCCAACAGAGGGACCACAAGGAUCUCAAUUAGAGCAGAUGCAGGACUUUCUAAACAGCGCACAGAGCAUGAUAUACGAUGAGGUGUGUCGAUUAACACCUUUACUGGAAGAUGCUGGACUGCUAGUUCAUCUGAUGGACAGUUACAGCCGUCACCUCUUUACCAACCUGGACCUGCUCCUAAAAAAAGAUCUUUCAGCGAAUGAAGUCUUCAGCCUUCUACUGUGGGGAAAAGAUGUUUUCUUCAGUCCAGACUCACAGCAUUUCUUCAGAGUGUACGACCCUCUGCUGUUGAUAGGUUGGUUUGAGAGAGCAACAAGGAAGCUGCUGCCAAAACUGCAGAAUGACAUCUCCACAACUCUACAGAACAUCCUGCACUAUGAUGAGGAACAUGGACAUCAUGAGGACUCAAUGGAUGAAGAAACUUUCAUCAGAGUUCACUUAGAUGUCACCCAGUGUCUGAAUGCUGUUAUUCACAAUUAUAAAGAAUUUAGUAACACCCUGAUGUGUACAGCACAAACGCUCUGCCUUAAAGAGCUUCAUCAUUUUGUUCAGGAGUAUGUGCAUGCAGAGAAAAAAUGUCUUGGAAAACAGAAACCUCUGAACUCAAAAUAUGUGCAUCUGUUUCGACUCAUCAGCACCAGUAGGCAACUCAGAUUUUUUGCUGAUCGACUCAACAAUCCGGAUAUAAACAACAGUAACGACCUCUCAAACAUCAUCCGCAUGUUAGAGGAGCUGGAGGAUCACGUUCUCUCAAUUGUACAGAAGAUGAUGAAACACUUAGCACAGGACUAUUUAAGAAAGUAUUUCAAAAAAGAUGGUGAGCAAAUUAAAAUGCUGACAGAGGCAAUUCAAAAGCGGUGUGCAUCUCUGCCUCAGACUGAUGUGGGAAAAGAGAUUCAGGAGAUCUUUGUUAAUGUAGCCUAUGACUGCAUUUCACACGUAUAUCUGGAUUGCCUGAUGAAGAGCAAGUUCAGGCGGCUAGAGAGGAGAUGGGGAAAUGUCGGAGAAAGGAUGAGAGAGGACGCUCUCAGUUUUCGCAACACAUUUACUGAACUGCAAAUUGGCAUUGAUGACCAGAGGAACCAUCUCCUUCAGAGAAUGAGUGAAGUUUUGCUUCGCACUGAUGUAGAUGCACUGAAGAUUACCUGUUGUGAUUUGUUCAGGGAUUUCCCUCAGGAGAGUGAGCAGUAUGUACCUGGUCUGCUGCGCCGGAAGAGGGUGUUAUCAGAGCGACAGGUGAGGGAAGUGCUGGAUAUGAGCCGGGACCUCGGCCUGGAUCUAAAGCCUAGACGUGUCACCUGUCAGCCUCUAAAGGGACUUUGCUGUUGUCUUUGA